ACCAAAGUGAUGGCACAGUCUCGUGCGAACUCUUGCGAAACAGGCCGCACAGGCCACCGGAGUCCACGCCCUCGUGUCAUCUGGAUUUUUCAAAACAUAAGAUGCUUCAACAAAGAUGGCUGCUCGUGGCCGUUGCCAUGGUAACGUGCGUCCUGCAGGCACAAGGAGCUGAUAAAUACACUGACGAGAAUAGACCGUACGAAUUCGGUUUCACUAUCGACGGAGAACAACACAGACACGAGAAAAAAGACGAGAACGGGCUUAUUAUGGGAGAGUUCGGCUUCAUCACAGCCGAUGGUGUCUACCACGUUACGGUGUAUGCUACAGAUGAAAAUGGAAAUUUCAAAAUUUUGUCAAUGAAAAAUAUUAGAAUGAGGCCAUUGACUGCGACUCCUGAAAAGAAAGGUCAUUCAUUGCCUUUCCCGCCAUCUCAAAACCCACCAAAAAUCGAAGGACCGUCCCCACAAAAUCCAAUAGCUGUAUCAGGACCGUCCCCGCAGAAUCCAAUAGCCGUAUCAGGUCCAUCAGAAGCAGCACCGACUAGGACUUGUUCUAGUUGUAGCAUACCAACUACUACUACCCGAAAACCCGAACUCACAGACUUCGCUGUAGUAUCAAAAGAUCGGGAAAAUAAUCAAUUUGGAAAUAAUGGAGCUCCACAAUAUCCUCAAGGUGGUUCACAGAACUAUCCAAACGGACAAGAAAAUUACCCAAGCCAAAAUAAUUACCCACAGCAAGGUGCAAAUUAUCCUCAACAAGGGACAAAUAACCCACAACAAGGGGCCAAUUACCCUCAACGGGGAUCAAAUAAUCCUCAACAAGGGGCAAACUACCCUCAACAAGGAUUCAAUAAUCCACAAGGCGCCAAUUACCCUCAACAAGAAGCAAAUUACCCUCAACAAGGGACAAAUAACCCACAAGGGGCCAAUUACCCUCAACAAGGCGCAAAUUAUCCUCAACAGAACGAAAACUAUCCUCAACAAGGUUCCAAUGGGCCCCAACAAUAUCCUCAAGGCCCCGGUGAUAUCCAAUCUCCUGGGCAAACUUUACAAGGCCCUCUAGGCAGCACAUCAGGUGAUAGAAGCCCUAAACAAUUUACCGACUAUCCACAAAGCUUUAACCCACAAAAUAAUCCUCAAGAUAGUGGUAAUCAAUAUGGACUACAAAAUAAUGAUAGACCCAGUAAACCUACUCUUAUUACAGCUCAAAUGCAAAUAGUCGAUAAAAAUACCGAUAUAUACCACAAGAACCCCGGAGAAAAGGACGGUUUGCCAGAUGGACUAAAUAAAGAUGAUAUGCUGCGUCUUUUAUAUACAUUUAACUAUACCGUGGGUUUCCAUGGUCACUUUGAAGAAGGUUAUACUAAUGGAGCAAAACAGGGAUAUUAUUAUGUAACAGGCAGAAACGGAAUACGCACUAGAGUCGACUAUGUGGCAGAUGAAAAAGGUUUCCGUCCCAAAAUCACCCAAGAAGUGCUUGAUUUGCUGUCCGACGACGUACCUAAGCCUGAAACAGAAAAAGAUGAAAAGUAUGGUCUCAAAGGCUAUGAAUUCAAGUGGCUAUACUAUCCAGUAGAAUCGAAAAAUCAACGAUAAGAUAACUACGUUUUUAAUAUACUCGUACAUACCCAGUGUAUAAAACCUUAGCCGUCUCACCUAAUCAUUAGAUUUAAGAUGUAGAUCGUAGUAAUCUAAAAGUAUUAAAUUUUAGAAUAAACAUAAGAUGACCCAAAACUGCCUAACUACUGCCAUGCACAAU